UAAGAAAUAAACAGGGCGGAGCUUCAUUCUAUAUUAACCUGCACACUUUGUGACAGUCACACAGGCAGGUCUUCAGGACUCCAGGAGAUCAGUCAGAAUGAGGGUGCUACUCGCUGUCGCCGCUCUUGUGGUCGUGGUUGGUGCAGCCAGUGUCUCAGAGGAGGACCAGGAGUUUGAAUCCUGGAAACAGGAGCAUGGUAAGAGUUACAGUUCUGAGGAAGAGGAGUCUCAUCGUAAGAUGAGCUGGCUGACCAGUCGUAAGCUGGUUCUGGAGCACAACAAGCUGGCUGACCAGGGCCUUGAGAGCUACACACUCGAAAUGAACGAGUUUGCAGACAUGGAAGACCAGGAGUUCCAGGACAUGUACACCGGCAGCCUGGAUUCUAUGAACGACACCGAGACCGACACCCUCUGUACCGCUACAUUUACGCCAGAGAAUGAAGAGGAUACUCUGCCCUGCAGAGUGGACUGGAGGCAGGCGGGAUACGUGACGGGCGUUAAGAACCAGAGGUCCUGUGGCUCCUGCUGGGCCUUCAGUGCGACGGGGGCCCUCGAGGGUCAAAUGUACCGGAAGACAAGGCAGCUGAUACCCCUGAGUGAGCAACAGCUGAUCGACUGCUCCGGGAGAUAUGGAAACCAUGGCUGUAAGGGUGGUUUGGCAAUCCGGGCCUUUAGGUACGCCAUGCACAGAGGUCUGGAGGCAGGAUACAACUAUCCCUAUAGGGCCCGGAGGUCCAGAAGAUGCCACUUUAAUCCAUGGAAGGUUAGGGCUACCUGCCGCGGCAUAGUGUGCUUGCCCAGAGGAAAUGAGAAAAUACUGAAGUUUGCUGUGGCCAAAAUCGGACCGAUUUCAGUAUCUGUAGACUCCUCCAGACGCUCCUUCAGGCUCUACAAGUCAGGUGUGUAUAACGAUCGCCGCUGCAGUAACCAUCGCAUGAACCACGCCGUCCUGCUGAUUGGUUAUGGCAGAGCAGGAGGAAGCAGGCGUUAUUGGCUGGUGAAGAACAGCUGGGGAACUAGGUGGGGUGAAAACGGCUACAUUAGGAUGUCCAGGAACCAGAGGAACCAGUGCGGCAUUGCCACAAGACCCGUCUUCCCUAUUGUUUAAAGAUUAAAGAAAAAGCCGAAGCAGUGAUGAACAUCUCUGGAAAGAGGCUUCAGUCUUACCACAAUGAUCAUAUCCCAUGCAGCAGAAGCAGCAAAAAAAUAUGCUAUUUUAUACUAUAUCUUUUUUCUUUAAUGUCCUGCUUUUACGUAAUUCUUUCUCUAUGAUCAGCUGUUGAGAGAAAGCAGCAGUAUUAGCUAGAC